UUUUCAGUGCUAUUUCAAGAAAUAAAAUCUCGUCAAGCAGAGUUUGUAAAAGCUUUUAAUGCUGGUGAUGCUGCUGGUGCUGCCGCACUAUAUGAUCCGGAGGGAUACUUCAUGCCCAAUGGCAUUGAACCAGUCAAAGGUCGAACAGGAAUCGAAUCAUACUACAAGCGAGAUAUGGCAGAAGGCGUUAAGAGUUGUCAGGUAAUAACGGAGGAAGUAAAUGGUAGUGGUGAUUGGGCAUAUGAACGCGGAAGUUAUCAUUUGAGUGGUACUCGUGGAACUGAAUCUGGAGCAUACUUGCAGAUUUGGAAAAAAGUCAGUGGUCAAUGGCUUAUCCAUAAUGAUUGCUUCAAUGUGAUCAAGCAAGCGAAGAAGUAA